CCCGCCUCGAAGUUAACUGCUAUGACUAACUUAAUAAUGUUUUAUGCAUUUAGCUUAACUUUGUGCACAUGGACGCACCGCCAGGUUUUAAGAAAACUCCAUUUAAGAGUGGUGAGAAAUAUAACGGUUGGAUGACGUCAGGCGCCCAUCAUUUAUUACACACUGGAGGGUGCAACUCCAGUGAUGAACAAGCAACUGUAUCAUUUGUAACAAGUGGGAAACUGUUCAAAUGGGAAAACUUUGGAAACGAGAACGCGAUCAAACACGCCAUAAGAUAUAAGAUGAGCAAGCAACUCUUUGACGACGUUAAGACCUUACCGUCUUAUAUAAAAAGGUCAAGCGUUUUUGCACCUGGUGAGGAAAUAUCAGACGAGUGCAUCGAGGAGUUUGUGAAGAUGUCGGAAUGUGAAGAAGCAAUGAACGCGUAUGUAUUUUAGGGUUUGUACGCAUACACGAUACUAAAAUAUCACUUCAAAAAUAUAGUAACCAUUCGAAUGCCACCCUCUAAUGCCACCCUGUAAUGCCCUUCUCUAAU